AUGGACGUCACAAACGCUGAGCAGGCCCGCAUCGCCGAAGAAGCCGGUGCCUGCGCCGUCAUGGCCCUCGAGCGAGUCCCCGCCGACAUCCGCAAAGACGGCGGCGUAGCUCGCAUGUCAGACCCCGCCAUGAUCAAGCAGAUCCAAGAAGCCGUCACCAUCCCCGUCAUGGCAAAGGCCCGCAUCGGCCACUUCGUUGAGUGCCAGAUCCUCGAGGCUCUUGGUGUUGACUACAUCGACGAGUCCGAGGUUCUCACCCCCGCUGAUGACGAGAGCCACGUUGAGAAGAGCACCUUUGGUGUUCCUUUUGUCUGUGGGUGCAGAAACCUCGGUGAGGCGCUGCGAAGAAUUGCAGAGGGCGCUGCUAUGAUCCGAACAAAGGGCGAGGCUGGCACCGGCGAUGUCGUCGAGGCCGUGCGACACAUGAAGACAGUCAACAAGCAAAUCGCGCAAGCCAAGGCCGCGCUCGCCGAGGGCGGCAUCAUCCGCAUCCGCGAACUCGCCCGCGAGCUCGAAGUCGACGCCGAUCUCCUCCGCCAGACCGCAGAGCUAGGCCGUCUGCCCGUCGUCAACUUCGCCGCCGGCGGAGUCGCCACGCCCGCUGACGCCGCGCUCAUGAUGCAGCUCGGCUGCGACGGUGUGUUCGUCGGCAGCGGUAUUUUCAAGUCGGGCGACCCUGCGAAGCGGGCCAAGGCCAUCGUGCGUGCGACUACACACUACAAGGAUGCCAAGGUGCUCGCUGAGACUAGCACGGGGCUUGGCGAGGCUAUGGUGGGAAUUAACUGUGAUAGCAUGAAGCCUGAGGAGAAGCUUGCCGGGCGAGGAUGGUAG